ACAAUCAUUUCACGUGUCCUGAAAAUUAAUUCAAUUUAUAUGUAAUCAAUUAAAUAAAACAGUUAUGUUAUUUGACCGUCGCAGAAGCUAUGAAAACGUUACUAAAUAUCCGCAUAAUGAAAAAGAAAUUUCCUUUGAAUCGUGUACAACAUUAUCGUCAAAAGAAAUUUUACGCACAACUAAAUUGGACGUUGUCCUAACUAAUAAAGGACUUCAAAUAUAUGGAACAUGGAGCACAGAAAAAUUACUAAGGUUAUUAACAAACAGGCUUAAACAAUGUAUUCAUGUGCGAUCAAAUACACUGAAAAUUAUUUCUAAUGGAAUAAGUGAUAAAAGAUUAUGGAUCACUGUCUAUAGUGGCUUAUAUAGUAUUAGCGUUUUAAAGGAAUUAAGAAAGAAAGGUGCCUCUAUCUAUAACAUAGAUUAA